AUGCCUGACUCAGUCACUACUUCUACUUCACCAUCUUCUGCGCCAAAACCAGCACUUUUUGACGAGAAGGACAUUGAAGACUCUCUCCCAACCUUGCCAAAGAAGCAAGCAAAGGAUUAUCUUCUCAUUUCUAUUCUUUGUUUCUUCGUUGCCUUUGGAGGUUAUGUGUUCGGCUUCGACACCGGUACUAUCUCCGGCUUUGUCAACAUGGAUGAUUUUAAAAGGAGAUUCGGUCAAGUCAACUCCUCUGGCGAGCAUUACCUCUCCAAUGUAAGAACAGGUUUGAUUGUGUCCAUCUUUAACGUCGGAUGUGCUGUUGGUGGAAUUUUUCUCUCUAAGACCGGUGACGUUUGGGGCAGAAGAAUGGGUAUCAUGAUUUCUAUGGUCAUUUACAUCGUCGGAAUUAUUAUUCAGAUCUCCUCGUCUACCAAAUGGUACCAGUACUUCAUUGGAAGACUCAUCACAGGUUUGGGAGUCGGAACUGUCUCUGUUAUUUCUCCUCUUUUUAUCGGUGAGUCCUCUCCUAAACACUUGAGAGGUACCUUGGUUUGUUGCUAUCAGUUGUGUGUUACCAUGGGUAUCUUCUUGGGUUACUGUACUACGUUUGGUACCAAAAACUAUUCAGACUCUAGACAAUGGAGAAUUCCUUUAGGUUUGUGUUUCGCUUGGGCUCUUCUCUUGAUCUUCGGAAUGCUCAACAUGCCUGAGUCUCCAAGAUUCUUGAUCGAAAAGUCCCGUUUGGAUGAUGCCAAGCUCUCUAUUGCGAGAUCUAACAAGGUCUCUCCGGAAGAUCCAGCAGUCUACACCGAAAUCCAACUCAUUCAGGCUGGUAUUGACAGAGAAGCGUUGGCUGGUAACGCUGGUUGGAAGGAACUUAUUACUGGUAAGCCCAAGAUCUUCCAGCGUGUGAUUAUUGGUAUCGUCCUUCAGUCUAUUCAGCAAUUGACCGGUAACAACUACUUUUUCUACUACGGUACCACCAUUUUUAAGGCUGUUGGUAUGUCUGACUCUUUCCAAACCUCCAUUGUUUUGGGUAUUGUCAACUUUGCAUCAACUUUCGUUGGUAUCUACGCCAUCGAGAGAAUGGGUAGACGUUUGUGUCUUUUGGUUGGUUCUGCUUGCAUGAGUGUGUGCUUUUUGAUCUACUCCAUUUUGGGUUCGGUCAAUUUAUACAUCGAUGGUUACGCCAACACUACUGAAAACACCAGAAAGCCAACUGGUAACGCCAUGAUUUUCAUCACUUGCUUGUUUAUCUUUUUCUUUGCAUCCACUUGGGCCGGAGGUGUCUACACCAUUGUGUCUGAGACUUACCCAUUGAGAAUCCGUUCCAAGGGUAUGGCAGUGGCCACUUCUGCCAACUGGAUGUGGGGAUUUUUGAUUUCGUUCUUCACUCCUUUCAUCACUUCGGCCAUUCACUUCUACUACGGUUUCGUUUUUACCGGAUGUUUGAUCUUCUCCUUUUUCUUUGUCUACUUCUGCCUCCGAGAGACAAAGGGUCUUUCUUUGGAAGAGGUUGAUGAGUUGUAUGCAUCUGACGUUGUUCCAUGGAAGACUUCUGACUGGACCCCACCAUCCGUCAACAAUAUGGCUCAAACUACUGGUUUUGCUGCCCAAGCCAAGCCUAACGUUGAGCAAGUUUAA